AUGCCCUUUACUGGACCAAUCCUUGAUUUUUACCCACAAAGUCUCGACCUGAUUGUGGCUGUUCCUCAGACACAGCUCUUCACAAUCUAUCCACUUCCUAACAUAGAGGACAACCCCGCCACCCCUGACACCCUGCCUAUCCCUUCUGAAAAGUCUGUAAUCCUCAAACACAGAGUAUUCCAAUUGUGGGAUUCAUCCCACCAUGUUUCCAUGAUAGCAAUUAGGUCAUACUUUUCCAAUUGUGCCACAGUUUCUAGCUCCUCCUGUUUAUUUCCUAUGCUGCAUGCAUUGGUAUAGAGGCACUUCAGCUUGGCUAUUGGCCUCGUUGCCUUAUCAGAGGAGCCUUCCCUAAUACCUCCAGGACAAGUCUAGUGUUUUCCCUUACCACCUUCCAGGGUGACAGCAUUCCCAUGUGCUUCUCUGUCACCCAGUACACCCCCUUCCCAGAUCAUAUCUAGUUUAAAGCCCUGGUAACCGGACCAGCCAACUUGCUCCCAAGAAUAUCAGUGGCCCUUCUAGUCAGUCGGCUCCUAUCCAUCAUCAGCAUUCCCCGUUUCUCAAGGCUGCGUCCCAAGCCAUAGUAUCCAAGGCCCUGAGUAUGACACCAUUUGCAAAGCCAAUCAUUCAGUGUGCCCACCCUCUUCCUUUUGUGUGGGUCCCAGUCACCAACUGAGACAGAGGAGAACACAAUUUGUGAUCCUGAUUCCUUCAGAAGUCUUCCCAAAGAUCAUCAAGUUUCAACACCCUGCCACAGGCAGGGCCACCAACUGCCAGAUCUGGUACUAGACCAGGUUGCCCAGGGCUCCAUCCAAACUUCUCUUAAAUACCUCCAGGGAUGAAGCAUCCACAACCUCUCUGGGAAGCCCGUGCAAGCACCUCACCACUCUCUCUGUAAAGAACUUCCCCCUGACAUCCAAUCUAAACUUUCCCUCCUUGAGCUUAAAACCAUUCCCCCUUGUCUUAUCACUGUCUACACUUGUAAAAAGUUGAAUCCCUUCCUGUUCAUAAUCCCCUCUUAAAUACUGGAAGACUGCAAUGAAGUCUUCUCACAGCCUCCUCCAGGCUGAACAUGCCCAGCUACCUCAGCCUGUCCUUGUAGGGGAGGUGCUCCACCCCUCUGAUCAUCUUUGUGGCCCUCCUCUGGACCCUCUCCAAUAGCUCCUGUGGAGCUUUUCCUGUACUGGGAGCACCAGACCUGGAUGCAGUACUCCAGAUGGGACCUCACAAGGGCAGAGUAGAGAGGGACAAUCACCUCACUGUCCCUGCUGGCUAUCCCUCUUCUGAUGGAGCCCAGGAUACCAUUGGCUUUCCAAGCUGCAAGAGCACACUGCUGGCUCAUAUUAAGUUUUUCAUCCACCAGAACCCCCAGGUCCUUCUCCGCAGGGCUACUCUCAAGGAGUCUGUAUAUGUAUCUGGGAUUACUCCAACUUGCACUUUGGUAUGUUGAACCUCAUUAGGUUCACACAGGCCCACCUUUUGACUUUGUUGAGGUCCAGUUCUUCACUUCACUGAAGUCUGUUCAAAUGUUUAGCAUCCUGAUGAAUAAAUGGACCACCUGUAAAGUUGUUGAUAUAUCUUAUCAAAGUUGUAUGUUUGAGAAAAUGAAAAGGGCAACCUGUGGUUCUGUCAUGGUUUUGUAAUUUUGCUAUUGGUAUUCCACAUCAUAACAUCAUGUACGGCCCUGGUAAAUUAAAGGGUUAAUACUCAAGUUCUGUGGAUUGGCAACCUUCCAGAUACCUGCUUCUCAAAAGAGAAGAACUGCAUAUCCCAGAGGACCUCACGGUCAGAGAAGGAAGAUACGUCUUGGAAAGCACGUGAUCUAAGUCACAGGAUCGGGCUCACACUCUCUCUCUGGCAGCCAGGCAGAGGGAUGGGUGUGCUUCCAAGCCGUGUGCCUUCAUUUAAGUAGGCCUUUCAGUUUCAGAAACUUUCUCUCUCUUAUUUUAUUUGAUUUAUUACCCUUAAUUUCAAUUAGAUUGUACUAUAUUGUGUUAUCUUGCAUUCCGAUAUCAUAGUAAAAUAAGUUUUCCUCCUUAGAUUGUUGCUGCUGCUCCAUUCUUUUUCCAUCUCCAAGCCCAGCUCCUGUUCCCCUACCCCUUUCCUUUUUCCCCUUCCCAUUUUUGGGAGCCAGGGGGCCCACGGGCCUUCUGCCCCCCUGUCACGGGCAUAGAUUGAUCUAGAUUGAUCUAGAUAACUCCGUGACAGGUUCAUCUGUAUGUUCUUGACAUUUAUGUCUAGCAGUAGGUUAGAAUGCCUAAGAACAGCAAUGUGUUUGUAAAUGUUUACAAAUGCAUACUGUUCCCAUUCCUUAUCACAGGUACUUUUUAUUAAUAGUUUGAAGCAGCUUCCAAAGAUCUAGCAAAGAAUAAGAUGAGGACAAUUUUUUCAGAUGAAAAAAAAAAAAAAACAUUUGGAUUUGGCAAAUUAAAUCCAUGAAAAACAGAUGGCAACAUGUUAAGAAUACUUCUGAUGAAACAUUAUAGGCUUUCCUAUUGUUAUGGUCCAUAGUGCACUGAGGAAGAGGCCUUUAAAAAAACUAAAGUCCACAAAUUCAACCCUCCUUUAAAAUCUUCAGUCUCAAUUCCCUAUCAAAUAAUAAUUAUUAUAGUGUUCCUGUAGGAUACUAUCCUUAAGACAUAAUUAUGAUGCCACAUAUGACUUCCUUAAAAAAAAAAAAUAAUCCAAAAGCAAAGAACUAAGAAGCUGAUCACCUUCGAUGCAAAAAGGCUGAACAAUCCCAAGUCCCAGGAGUACAUAAGCAGAAGUUGCCGGAACGUUGUCCCAACUAGGAUAAGAGAAGAGCCACUGAUGUCAUCUAUUUAGACUUCAAGAAGUGUGAUGAACCCCUGGUCUCAGCAUUACCCCACUCCUCUUUCAGCAGUUCAUCAUCAAUGACAAGCAGCUACAUGCCUGGGUAUGCCAAAUUAAACAAGAGAGGAGGUGCAGGAGGCUGGUCUCCUUCAGAGAGUAAUCAUUAUCAGUGGCUACAGGUGGAUUUUGGUAAUAGGAAGCAGAUCAGUGCUAUCGCAACUCAAGGCAGGUAUAGCAGUUCUGACUGGGUUACUCAGUAUCGGAUGCUCUGUAGUGAUACAGGGAGAAACUGGAAGCCUUACCAUCAGGAUGGAAAUAUCUGGGCAUUUCCUGGAAAUACAAACUCUGAUAGUGUGGUCCGACAUGAUUUGCAACACCCAGUUAUUGCUCGCUAUGUACGUAUAGUUCCUUUAGAUUGGAAUGGAGAGGGCCAAAUUGGGUUAAGAAUUGAAGUCUACGGCUGCUCCUACUGGGCUGAUGUUAUCAAUUUUGAUGGCCACGUAGUGUUACCAUACAGAUUCAGAAACAAGAAAAUGAAAACAUUGAAAGAUGUCAUCUCUCUGAAAUUUAAGACCUCUGAAAGUGAAGGUGUAAUCUUCCACGGAGAAGGACAACAAGGAGACUAUAUCACCUUGGAACUCAAGAAAGCCAAACUUUUUCUAAAUUUAAAUUUAGGUAGCAACCAGCUUGGCUCUAUUUAUGGCCACACAUCUGUGAUGACUGGCAGUCUCUUAGAUGAUCACCAUUGGCACUCCAUCAUCAUAGAGCGCCACGGGAGAAACAUCAAUCUCACCCUGGAUAGACGCAUUCAGCAUUUCAGAACCAAUGGAGAAUUUGAUUAUCUGGACCUGGAUUACGAGAUAACCUUUGGAGGCAUGCCUUUUUCUGGGAAGCCAAGUUCUAACAGUAGGAAAAAUUUCAAAGGCUGUAUGGAGAGCAUCAACUACAAUGGCAAUAAUAUCACUGACCUUGCUAAAAGGAAGAAAUUGGAACCUUCUAAUGUGGGAAAUUUAAGUUUUUCGUGUGUGGAGCCACGUACAGUGCCUGUCUUUUUCAAUGCCACCAGUUACCUUGAAGUUCCUGGACGCCCAAGCCAGGAUGUGUUUUCAGUCAGUUUCCUUUUCCGAACCUGGAACCCCAACGGACUUCUUGUUUUCAGCAACUUUGCAGAUGACCUGGGCAAUGUUGAGAUUGACAUUAAUGAAGGCAAGGUCAGCGUUCAUAUCAAUGUUACCCAAAUCAAGAAGAAUCAAAUAGAUAUCUCAUCAGGCUCUGGUCUCAAUGAUGGGCAGUGGCAUGAAGUUCGAUUCCUAGCUAAAGAAAAUUUUGCUGUUCUCACCAUUGACGGAGAUGAAGCUUCAGCUGUUCGCACAAACAGCGCUCUACAAGUUAAAACUGGAGAGAAAUAUUUAUUUGGAGGGUUUCCUCUACAGAUGAAUGACACAGAUCACUCACUAUUUCACCAUUCAUUUCAAGGAUGCAUGCAGUUUAUUCAUGUGGAUGAUCAGCUGGUGGAUUUGCAAGCAGUAGAGCAAGGCCAGCUGGGAAGCUUUGCCAAUGUCAGCAUUGACAUGUGUGCCAUUAUUGACAGGUGUAUGCCCAAUUACUGUGAACAUGAUGGCAAAUGCACCCAGACAUGGGACAGCUUCAAGUGCACUUGUGAUGGAACUGGGUACAGCGGGACAACUUGUCAUAACUCUAUUUAUGAGCUCUCUUGUGAAGCAUACAAACACUUGGGCAAAACUUCAAAUUACUACUGGAUAGAUCCAGAUGGCAGUGGAGGACUGGGACCUUUGAAAGUUUACUGCAACAUGACAGAGGAUAAAGUAUGGACAACUGUGUACCAUGAUCUGCAAAUGCAGACUUCUGUUGGAGGCAACAGUCUAGAAAAAACAUCUAUACUGCAGCUAAACUAUAGUGCAACGAUGGACCAGAUUUCUGCUAUUACCAGUAGUGCUGAAUACUGUGAGCAGUUCAUCUCGUAUUCUUGCAAGAUGUCCCGGCUGCUGAAUACACCAGAAGGGAAUCCAUAUACCUGGUGGGUUGGAAAAGCCAAUGAGAAGCAUUACUACUGGGGUGGAUCAGGACCUGGUAUUCAGAAAUGUGCCUGUGGAAUUGAACGCAACUGUACUGAUCCAAAGUACUACUGCAACUGUGAUGCUGAUUAUAAACAAUGGAGAAAAGAUGCUGGGAUGCUGUCAUACAAAGAGCACCUACCAGUGAGUCAAGUAGUGGUUGGAGACAUUGAUCGGCCUGGGUCUGAAGCAAAGAUAUCUGUGGGUCCUGUGCGUUGUCAAGGAGAUCGGAACUACUGGAAUGCAGCUUCCUUCAUCACAUCAUCAUCCUACCUUCACUUCUCCACCUUCCAAGGGGAAACCAGUGCAGACAUCUCUUUCUAUUUCAAAACAUCAGCCUCAGAUGGAGUAUUUCUUGAGAAUCUGGGGAACACUGACUUCAUUAAACUAGAGCUGAAAUCUUCUACAGAGGUUUCCUUUUCAUUUGAUGUUGGAAACGGACCUGUGGAAAUAAUUGUCCAGUCUCCCAAUCAGCUGAAUGAUGACCAGUGGCAUCGGGUCAGUGCAGAAAGGAAUGUCAAACAGGCCAGCCUGCAGGUAGAUCAGUUGCCUCCAGAAGUCCGGAAAGCACCAACAGAAGGACACACGCGACUGGAAUUGUAUAGCCAGCUCUAUGUUGGUGCCGCAGGAGGCCAGCAGGGCUUUCUAGGUUGCAUUCGCUCAUUAAGGAUGAAUGGGAUAACACUGGACUUGGAAGAGAGAGCAAAAGUCACUCUAGGGGUGAAGCCUGGCUGCUCUGGCCACUGUACAAGCUAUGGGAUGUACUGUGCCAACGGCGGCAAGUGUGUUGAGAAAUACAAUGGCUACUCCUGUGACUGCUCCAAAACAGCAUAUGAUGGACCGUUUUGCAUUAAAGAUGUUGGAGCAUUUUUUGAAGAAGGAAUGUGGCUUCGUUACAACUUCCAUUCCCCAGGGACUAGCAUGAAAGAUUUAGUUAGCCGAACACUGUUGAGUUCUACAGAUCCUGAGAUCACAGUGACCAGCCAUAACUUGAAUAAAGAAGAGCUCAGCUUCAGCUUCAGUACCACCAAGUCCCCUUGUGUCCUUUUGUAUAUCAGUUCCUAUACCCAGGACUUCAUGGCGGUGCUUGUCAAGCCAUCUGGGAAUCUGCAAAUUCGGUACAGCCUAGGAGGUACCAAAGAGCCAUAUAACAUUGAUGUUGACCACAGAAACAUGGCGAACGGACAGCCCCAUACUGUUAACAUCACACGGAAUGAACGGGACAUAAUACUGCAGAUUGAUCACUAUCCUCCAGCAACUUAUAGCCUGCCAGCAGCAUCUGACAUUCAGUUCAAUUCCCCAAAGGCACUCUUCCUAGGAAAAGUCAUAGAGAUUGGGAAGAUCGACCAAGAUAUAUAUAAAUACAACACACCAGGAUUCACCGGUUGCCUAUCAAGAGUACAGUUCAACCAGAUUGCUCCCCUCAAAGCAGCUUUGAGAUCUACCAAUACCUCCUCUCACGUCCACAUUCAAGGAGAACUGGUGGAAUCCAACUGUGGAGCAUCGCCACUGACGAUCCCACCAAUGUCUGCUGCAACUGACCCAUGGCACUUAGAUUCAGCCAGUGCUGAUUUCCCAUACAAUGGUCAAGCUAUUGGAGAUGGAGUUAAUAGAAACUCUGCAAUUAUUGGAGGCAUCAUCGCUGUGGUGAUCUUCACCAUCCUCUGCACUUUGGUGUUCCUGAUCCGCUACAUGUUUCGCCACAAGGGAACCUACCAUACCAAUGAGGCCAAAGGAGCAGAGUCAGCUGAAAGUGCCGAUGCUGCCAUCAUGAACAAUGACCCCAACUUUACAGAAACCAUUGACGAGAGCAAGAAGGAAUGGCUUAUCUAAACCCAUAGGGAGGGAGCCUGGGAUGGGAUACAAGCUGGGCUAGGUUGGGACUGGAAUGACUCUUGCAGUGGGGAGAGAACAUUCUGCAUUGGACGCUUGAGCACACAUAUGGUAAAAAGAUCAGCACAACUAGAGGAGCAAGUGACAGGAAAAAUCACUGAGACUGGAAGAGAAAAAUAUCACAAGCAUUUAAGAAAAAUACUUUUAAACAUUUACUUACAGUGAAUUGCCCUUCUGUAUUCAAACAACUGUAACAACAGUUUCACAGCUUCAGCAUUGGUUAAAAUUUUCAGUAAUAACUAUCUUUUUCUGUGUGUGUUUAGAGGUUUUCUAAAGAAUAAGAAACGGCUUUUUUUUUUUUUAAAAACAUUUGUUAAAAGCUGUUUAAAAUGGAGGUAGUUCAGUUCUGAGAACAAGUGGCAGAACUUUGUUCUGAUAUUGCAUUUUUUCAUAUCUGGCCACUUCCCCACAGGCUGCUAUCAGCCCUGCACCUUCACUGUAUCAUGCUUAAUUUUGGUCAUGUUUAAACAGGUGUUCAGAGUUGGGGGCAGAACUGAGGUUUGAGGAAGAAUGCUUAGUGCAACUAAACCUUGCCAGUUUUUCAAAAUGUCAUCGGCUCUUGUCAAUCCUGGCAGGAUUCAUCUUUUUUUGACACAGAUACUUCGUUGAUUCUGUACAAUUCUCAUCAGCAAUGUAAAAAUACUAUGAUUAUUCCUUCUACUACUGCUACUACUACUGCUACUUCUACCAGAGAGGAUGAUCAUAAAGGACAGCAAACUUAUUUUUUAUUAUUUUUGUGAACUCUGAGGGAGGGAGAUGCUGUGCAAGUCUAUAGACCUGUUCUUGUGUCUUUGGCUAGGGCACUGGUGACCCAAGGCACGUGCCAGUCUAAAUUCAGCUCUGCCAGUGUGUAUAUCCUGGACUUAGGCAUGAUCACUGUAGUAGGAAAUUAUAGCCAAACUUCAUUUGCUUCUGUUUCUUUUGUAUAGGCUGUGACGGAAAUAUUAACUAGUACAGUUCUAGUCAAUGUAUUUAAACUCAUGGACUUCACAUAAUACUUUUUACAGCUUUGGCAUAACAAUUCAUACUUAAAAUCCUUUUUUUUUUAUCUUUUUUUUUUAAUUGCCUCCCAAAGAAAGCCUCUACUGACAGCAUUUUCACAGGCAGAAAAAUGAAGCAACAAAAAAGUGAAAGCUCUGCCUUGAGAGCAUGUGAAAAACAAACAGUGGUAGAAAAGACAUGCAGAUUCAAUACACAGAUUUACCUGAACUAUUACUUAUCUAAGACAUUUUUAAGAAUGCCAAGGAGAGUUCAAAGUGCAUCAUUUUACCCCAUGUCCCCUCUUAGAGUAGGGAAGUUGCAGAUCCCACCUGAGAAGCAGGCCAGUAGUUGCAGAAAGGCAAGGGGGCUGCCUGAAGACCUUGUAACCUUUGAUGGCAACAAAGAAGCUGUAGCUUGUUCUGUGCAGAUAUGCAUGGUUCUCCAGGUAUGGCUUUACAGAAAUUUAGGGCCUUAGUGGGCAGUUUUUGCAGUAGAAUGGAACGAGGGAGUGAAUGUAUUGAAGAACAUUUCCUGUGUGCUAACAGAACAGAAGCAACACCAACAAUUUCCUUUUAAAAGUAUUUAUGCUUGUGACAGUCUCAGAUUUGCUUUAUCUUUUAAUAUUGCUGGGUUUAGUAUGUGAAGAUUUAAUCCAUUUUUCUUUAUAAGAAGGAUUUAUUUUUCAAAUCCAAAUCUGAAAUCUACUACACUGACCAGUGCUGGCGUCUCUAAUUUCCUUAUCUUUUCGAUUGUAUUUUUAUUAUUAUAGAUAAUGUUUUAAAAAUUUAAUUUUAAAAAAUCACAGAGAGGGAGGAAAAUAUUUGAGUCUUACCUGACAAGAAGUUUGUAAGCACAAUUUGAUAGCUAUACAGGGAUAGAUAGUUUGAGUUAAGGAUGGUAGUAUAAAGUCAUCUGGUGGAUUCAUUGAACAUGUAUCAGACCAAAUCAAAUCCAUUGAUUUCUUCCUGCUCAUGGAUUUGGAAUUAGCAUACAAAAAGUUUCAAACAAGAUUUACUGUUUCUCAGGUAAUAUUAUGUGGCAGAGGUAUUCAGGUAAACAUGAAAGCUACCUCUGUCAUUCUUGUGCUCUACAGUCUUUUGCCUUGCCUCUAAUAUCAGCAUCUCCCUCUCUUGUGCUUAAUUAAAUAGAUGAGUCCCUGAUCAUGUUUACUUGUGGACAUAAGAUAAAUCUCUAACCCUUUGGAGAAUAUCAGCCUGGGAUGACUCUAGCCUGCACCACUGACUAUUCAGCAAAAUACUUUGGCUGUUCCAUGUUGCAAUUUCAGAUGACUUUCUGUGAUUGAAAUGAUGUUCACUUUUCUAUAUGAUAUUCUAUAUUUGAUUUUAAUUGUACUUUAGUCCACUCUGAAAAACAUCCUUGCCUACAACUUCACGUUAUCAAGAGAGUGAAUACAGCAUCAUUUGCAUAGACUGGAAUUUAGUUUGCAGAAGAAAAUUACUAAUCUGAACUUAAUGUCUGUGACGGGGAUUGGACUCGUAUACUGAGAAGCUGGAAUCCUCUGAUGCUAGAGGACAAAGUAGCCAAAUGCCUUAGCAUGGUGCUAGAAGGGAAAGGUGGCUUAGUCUGUGUGCCUGAGUCCUUGGCCAAGCUAGGAACACUUGUUGAAUUGUGGUAAUGGGGUCCGUGGCAUCUAUUCACCAACGUUCCAAAAGAUUUCCAGUUUCUCUCUCACAAUCCUGUAAGCAAGAAUUUCUGGAAAACAAUCUUUGACUAUCGCACAUGCAAUAGUUGUAAAUUCAUGUCUUAAAUUUGGAAAGACAGGAUUUACAUUUCCUAAAUUAAGUUGCAUGCAUCUUCAUCUUUCCAUUGGAUACCAUGUUUCUCAUAAGUAAAGCUCAUUAAUGCUGUAUUAAAAUGUUGAUGGUCUAAUUUCCAGAUACAGUUGCUUUCAUAACUUUAGAAAUUUUCUGAAUUAAUUAUUAGAAUCCUGCCUCUUAUAGUGGAUCUUAGACAUGAAAUUUUAGACUAUCAUCCGUUCUCUGGGUAGUCUUUUCAUGACUAGGUGAAUUCCUUUCUGUCUGUCUUCCAUUUAAUUUCUGAAAAUGUAAUAAGCUUAAUAAUAGGCACAGGCCUACUUUCUGAGCAGGCUCAGAAGUGUAGCUUGCAUAUUUUUGCUAACACCAUACUAUUUUGAGAAUUUCUUCCCCCAUGGGCAUGUUAUUGGCAACAACAUGCAUAGUUUACUUCACCCAUUUUUAUUUGUGCCAAUAUUGUUUGACAGGUGCUAUCUAAAUGCUUGUAAUGGAAAAAUCUGAUGGAGAGUAGAAUGGACCCUGCUUUUAUAAGAACCUGUGCAACUCCCACCCCCACUAAAUUAAGCUGCCUCAUAUCACCUGCUUUUAGCUGCUUCACCUAUUUGAGCUGCAUAGGAAAAUGUUGCUUCUUGCACUGACUGAACCACCAAAGCAUCCCAGUUGUGUUUCUGAAAGGCUUGUUCUGAUUUCCUUGAAAUCAGUGGCAAAACUGCCAACAGCACUGGGGAGUGCAAGACUGGGCUGAAGACCAGAAUCCUCUGCAUUAGCAGCUUUUGGGUCCUCAUUCACAACACACAGACCACAGGGAAGCAAUUCGUGGAGCUCCAAGGAGCCAAAAUGGCAAAAAACUAAUCAGCUCAGCUUUGAGGGGAAAUUCACAGUCUAAUUUGUUGGUUUUGAAUCGAAUCUUUCACAUACUGCUUAUUCCAUGUUUACUAAUUGAAGAUUCAGAUGUGUUACAUAGGAAUAUACAUCUUUAAUUGGUACUGAAACAAUUCUACACUGUAUUUUUCUUGUCUUAAACCUUACCUUUACCUUUUAUAUUUCCUGUAGCAGUUAACACUUCAAACAUAAUAGUAUUUUAGUAUCGUGCUCUAGCUAGCAUGAUGUAUGUCAAAGGAUGGUUAUCAUAAAUAUUUUACUAAGAUUGCCAUUGUGGUGGUGUAUAUGUACAAGUUUAUUGUAGUGAUAAGAAUUUGUUCAAAAGAGUCUAGUAAAUAAUUAUGUUUUAUUUAAAACUAUGUCCUUUAAUGGCAGAUGCAUCUAAUUUCCAGGGUAUCUGUUGGAAUGGGAAGCUAUCUCAGUUUGAAAAGCAAUAGCUUUUAACAUGUUUCUCCCGUGAACCAUGUCCCUUUCUAACAAACAUGGUAACUGAAAGGUUAUCAUCUUUGAACAGCAGGAUCUGUAUUUUGUUGAUCAGAUUUUAUUGCCUAUCAUAGAAAUUAAACAAAUCUAAAAGCAACAGCAUGUUAUUUAGAAUGAAAGAAGAACAACAUAUAUGUACACUUAAUAUCUUAAUUAUCUUAAUAUCUCUUCUGUGAAUGUCUUUCCUUUUAACUGAAGUUCUAUUAGAGAUCAGGUUGCUAAAAAAAAAAAAAAAAAAAAAAAAAAAAGCAAGCAAUUCUAAGUAGUUUUAAUUAACCUGAAAGCUUUUUCAUUGUUAUCAUUGUCUGUAAUUUUUUCCUUCUCUAGUACCAGGAAAUGCAUUUGAAAAAGGAUACAAGUUGGAGAGGCCUCAUAAAAAAGACUCUAAGUACAUGGAAAAAAAUAUAAAAUAAAAAAGAACUUCACAGCACAAUUAUCUGUAAAGAGAGAGGGUACGGAAACCAGGGAUGAAUUAUUAAAAUCUGUGUACAUUCCUUGUGUAUCAGGCAGCUCUGACUGUGUGUUACAGAUGAGAAUUCUGAGCAGGGUAAAUCUAUCCAUUGAAGUGCACUGAGUCUGAGCACAGAGUUUUGAUGGAAUCAGAAUGACUGAGCUUUUCCUAUUUCUGAUUCUUUUGAUAGCAGCACGCAGGCUAGUGCCACUUCUGCUAAUGUUUGUUGCAAAUUCAGUGGCAUUGCCAGCUUCACAAGAGUUACAUACUAAAAAUGGCUGGGAGUGGUUUGCCUCCCUGUCCUACCAUAACUGUCCUUUCCUCUAUGAAUGUGAGCCUUUUACUGAAUUCAUCAAGAAAAAUGUGCAUCUAGUUCAACAGAUUUGCAUGUUUUUUUUUAAUAAACUACCUUAUCAGGCUUUAAUUUUUUUUUUUUUUUUUUAUGUGCAGCAUUUUAUAAAAGUGCUACAUUUAGUGCAUUUGAAUAAGAAUAUUCCAGGCAAAGAAGCAGAGGAUGCAACAACGUCCAGAAUCAGAGGCUGGGACUGUCCUAACCUGUUUCUUUUUCUGCAGUGUGAAUUGCCUUAACCCCACUCUAAAGCCCUGGUCCUAACCAGGACCUGCUUUGUGGGAUGUAUAAUUGUGGCAAGGUCCAGUUAUGCCUUGUGACCAUGUUUUGACUGUUCAUUUGUACUGCUCUUGAAACCUCUAGAAGGGGAUAGAGUCACACAUUCUUAAAGAACAUCUGUCAUUUGUAUGGAAAGGUCCUAGAGGAAAAAGAAGGGAGCGAACGUUUAAGUUUAAAGCCAUUCUGAUACUUGUACACUGUGACACUGAACAAUUUUUUUCUUAUUGUCACCAUGUGUGCUUCAGUGAGGCUAAAACCAUAUGGGCCUGAAACACGGCUAUUUUGGUUGUGAAGUCCAAAGCUCUGGAGCAAUUGUUGCCUGUACAACAUUAAAAUAUGAUGAAUUAAAAAGUUAUAUACCAAAUUUCUUCAAAUCCCUAAGCCCACAGUACUAGCAGAAUGCUUCAUUCUUGAAAUUAAAUGCAAUUUUGGAGACAGACUUUACCCUACUGUAUUUCAUAUGGUACUUCAAGUGACAGCUGACCUGGGCCUAGUUACCAAAAAGCACUUAACAAUCUCUAACAUUUGUAAAUUAAGCUCUGACUUUCACAUAGAAGCAGACUUCUGGAAGCGCUAUGCUCAAAAUCCUGAUUAGGGCCACCACUUAAGAACCAGGAAGAGAAGUGGCAGAUAAGGUUUUUUUGUUGUUGUUUGUUUGUUUGUUUUAAAUCAAUUUGUGUUAAAAAGUAAAAGAAGAAAGGAAAAAAUUUCAGUAGAUUACUGCACAUGUAAUUGUUUCUUUUGACUACUUUUCCAUUUUCCAAACAUGAUAUAGGAAAAGUUAAGUUAUUUUUCCAUAUGGUAUAAUAAAGCACAACCAGAACUGCUUGUAUGAAGAAGAAGUUCAGAUUAGAAUACUCUGCAAAUAUUCUUAAACCAAGUAACAAAGUUAGUUAUGUCCUUUCUGUGAUACAGCAGCUUCUAAUAAUGGCUGUGUAUGCUUCCACUGCUUCCACUGUUUUCUUCGGUUUUUGUUUUUUUUUGUGUGUGUGUUUUUUUGGAAGAAACAUCUGGAUAUGAGACCCUUGAGUCAGCAAUAAAGCAAUAACUUUAGGUAAACCAAGUCAGGCUGAAGCAGGCUAUACAGAGGAAAUUCCCAGCCUAACAGCUCUCUCAGAUAUAAUCUUGGCUUAGGCUAGCAACUGGGUGAGUCAAGUUUGUGUACUUUUUUUUUUUUUUCAAGCCAUGUGCAUGUAUGUAAGGUAAAUAAAGUUGGUUAGUAAAGACAAGUUUACCUAAACUGUACAUCUUACAGUUAAUGUCUUACUGGAACAAACUGACCUUGGCACAGCCAAUAAACAUGCACAAGCUAGCCCCAAACCCAUUACUGUUUUGUCUUAAAGGUCUGUUUUAGUUACAUGUUUAAAAAUAAAGGUAUGGUUUGCCUUCAUAAAGUAUGGACUUUAUUGGAAGGACUGGACACUGUGUCAUCAGGUAGCUGUAGACUGCUUUUGUUACAAUGUAAGGGCCACCUGCAGAGCUUUCUUGUGUAACUUGCACUAACACCACCUUUAGUCCUGAAACUGCAUGAACUGCAACAGGGCCAUGGAACAAAGAGAAAUCCCCUUUGAUGCACAUCCUGAAACACAGAGUGUUACGCUUUUGUUUCUGCUAGUAUGUAGGAGUAAGAUCUCAGUAUACAUGCAGCAUCUCCGUGUUUCCUAAGUUCUUAUCCACCACUGCAAGGUCAGCAUGGAAAGAACUUGGCUAACAGUUCUUGUUUGUUUCCAUCUCUUCCUCUGCUUCAGAAAUGAUUCUUCUCACUGAUAAAUUCAUCACCUUUUCCUGUCAGAAUAUGUAGUUCCUUCACAGCAACACUCACCUCCCAAAAUGUGGCUGUUUUGUUGGGAAGUUGUAUAACACUGAAUGCCUGUCAUGUGCUAUAUUUGCAGCUGGUUUUAUCUGCUUAUAGUACUUAGUGAUUGAAAGUAGUAUUUUUUGCCAGCUGCAGCACUCUUUUAUAACUUGUUUGUAUGUGUUCCAAAAUGAUGGCACUAUCUGGCAAAGAGUGUCUAAAAACAAUGCACCUGCACCUCAUUCCACUGAGCAUUCCCUUUUUGUUGUUUUUCAUAUUUUUCCCAUUAUAUAAAUGCUAAAGUAAAUGAGUAGCAAAAUACAUUUUAAGGAAGAUACAAAAAUGUACAAAAAGCCACAGGAUGUCAGAAUGAACUCUCAGCUUUCUCUUUCCUUUCUGCUUUUGCUAUGUCUUGCACAUAUACAAAGCCAGUGUAUCCUCCAAAGGAGUACGCACAGUGACAUUAAGAAACCAUUGCUUCUGGUGUUUUCAGUUACAUGGGGGUUCUAAAAGUCAUCUCAAAAGAGGCAACAAAUUACUAUCCUUAAAAAUUUUAUUAUUAGCAUAUCUAAGAAACAACACCUGUUGUUAAAGAAUCUUAUUUUCACUGGACCAGCAUAUCAUGGGGGGGGAGGGGGGGGGGGAGGGAAAUACCUGCUUCAUGCAUUUGGAGUUUCUGAGAUACUGUACUUAACUCCAUUGUCACUCCUACGUUGUGUCAAAUCUGUUGAAACCUCACCUAAUUAAGAUAUGGGAUCAAAGUCAUGUUUAAAUAAAGAUUAUGGUAUCACUUAAUUCCUGUUAAGUUACUGAAGCACAAAGAACUGGCUUUCCACAAAUCCACACAGUACAUCCCUCUCCUGUUUUGUUAAGGAGUAUCUUUCAUUCUGCUCUACUCUUCAGUAGCUCAAGACCCAUCUGCAGGCUGUGCAGGUGUGAUACAAAAUAUCUUCAGUCCUAGUGACCCCUUCUGUGCAUUGAGCUGCCAAAGCCCGUGUAGUUCCUCUGAUACAAAACCGUAGUUUGGCAUGAUAUUCCUGAAAGGCUUCAGCUCCUUGAUGCUGCUACCCCAUCUGACUAAUGCUAAUUAACAGAAGUCUACUGGCAAUUAUCUGUACUGACCUACAUGUGGAAUUUAGCCCUAACAGUGCUUAAUUUCAUGGGGAUUAAACAGAUUCUUGCUGCUACAGAGUGCUUGGGAUGUGCUCAGUGUGAAGUUUCUUACUGACAUAUAUAAAUACAGAUAUAGAAAUAAAUAGAUAUUUUUAUGGAGAUGUUUUAUAAGUGGCCUUUACUUUGUGCAUGGUAAUUAUUGCCAAAUUCUAAUUAUUUAGGAGCUAGAGAAUGGCUGGUUCUGCAGCAAGUGGGUGGGGAUUUGGUUUUAAUUUUUAUUACUCAGCUAUAAUUUGCAUGGUUUGGUUUGGUUUUUGUCUCAGUAUCUUUUUUUUUUUUUCCUUGUUGAUUUUCUGGCAGGGACACAUUGGGCUCAAGCAGGAACUUUUCUUUAAGUCUUUGAGAGACAGAUUUAAGCCAUCUGUGCCAUGUAACACGACAGAAGCACCUGCUUUGCACAGCCCAUGUUGUUGAUCAACAACUGAGGACCUUAGUAUACAAUGUCUUUUAGCAAUCUAUUCAGCUGUUCACACUUUGUUGAGGUACUGCUAUUUCUCUAGCUUUGCUCAACGAGAUAGUAAGCUACUAAUCACUGGCCUACAGAUAUAGCCUCUCAGGCAGGAAAGGGGCCCAGCCAAGACAAGGACAUGAAUAAGGAUUCUGAAUUACAUUCAUAAACAUAACAGUAACAAAACAUUGCCAAAAUUGCUACUGAGGCAGGCUACUUUACUUCCUCUUUUCUCUUACUCUUUUUUUUUUUUUUUUUUUUUUUUUUUUAAUAUCCUCAGUAUGCCAUGUGUACAAGCCUGCUCUCAGUAACCUGAGCUCCUUUUUAGAGAUAGAAAUGUGGUUGUGCUUUCCUAUCUCACCCCUACUGCUGUAAGGCAGUCUGUACCCAGGACAGAACCAGGGUCAUCAGCUAUCAGAAAAGCUAAGCCAGUCUCCCACACAUUCCUUCCAAAUCAGCAGGCUGAGAGUUGGUCCUAAGUUUGUGUGCUUACAAAGCUGGCCCAGGUUUCUGGUGGGUAAACCAAGAUGGUGUCCAUCUACAGUUUGUCUAGUCAACAGCUUUCUUUCUUGAGCACAACUUUUCCAUGGGAAGAGAAAGCAUAAUCAGGAUAUGACAGUUACCCUAUUUAAACAAAAACUUGUAUAUUAAAACAAAUCCUAAUCUGAAAGUAUACUGUAUCUGAGAUUCCUCUGUUAUAGACAUUUAGUCUACAGAUUUAUGACUACAUUUGCUAUGUUAUGCUUGAAUAAACAUAUAAUUCAUUGAAAUACACAAGACUGAUAAAAAUAAUAUGAUCUCUUUAAAGAAAAUAAACUGUUUGUAAAUUUAUCAAGAGUAUAAUCUGUUAGGCCUUAUUUGAAGUAUGUACUGUGGUUUGGUAAAAGUACAACAUUAAAAGAGCCUUGCCAGAUGA